CAUGCAUUCAUCAUCCUGCUGCUCAUCCACCACCCUCUCGGCGCCGGCGAUCUCCACGCGCCGCAGCCCACACCACCACCUCACCUCCACUUGCUCCGCAGCGACGUGCGCUACCCCCUGCCGCGCGUGCGUCGCACACGUGCUGCACGCCGCCAUGGACGACGAGUGUCCGCACCCCGUGCAGGUCGGCGGCCUCUGUGCCGUCUGCGGCCACAUGGUCGAGCGCGACGGCGCGGCAGGCAUCAGCAUGAUGCACGACUCGGCCGGCGUCACCGUCUCGGCGGCCGAGGCGUCGCGCCUCGACAGCGAGAGCACGCAGCGCCUGCUGGCCGCGCGCAAGCUGGCGCUCAUCGUCGAUCUCGACCAGACCAUCAUCCACGCCACCGUCGACCCCACGGUGGCCGAGUGGCAGCGCGACCGCAGCAACGCCAACUUCGAGGCGCUGCGCGACGUCGGGCGCUUCUUGCUGGGCACCGACGGCAAGGCCGUGCUCGACCACGACCUGCCGCCGGCGCUGCGCGAGGGCAUGGCGCGCGACGCCGAGCAGCUCGAGUCGCUCGAGGCGCACGCCGCCGCCGCUGCGACGCACGGCGGAUGCUGGUACUACGUCAAGCCGCGCCCCGGCACGGCCGCCUUCCUGCGCUCCCUCUCGCAGCGCUACGAGCUGCACGUCUACACGAUGGGCACGCGCUCGUAUGCCGACUGCGUCUGCCGGCUGCUCGAUCCCGACGGCAGUCUCUUCGGCGCUCGCAUACUCUCGCGCGACGAGAAUGGCAGCUUGGUGCAGAAGAGUCUCCGCAGACUGUUCCCCAUGGACACGAGCAUGGUCGUCAUCAUCGAUGACAGGGCAGACGUUUGGAGAUGGAGCCCGAACCUCGUCAAGGUCAAUCCUUACGACUUCUUCGUCGGCAUCGGCGACAUCAACGCCACUUUCCUGCCUACAGCGCCCUCGACGCCCAGCCCCACAACGGGCGCGGGCGCCGUCGUCGAGACGCGCGUCGAUCCUACGCUCUCCUCCAUCGGCUCGAGCAGUGCCUCCCUCUCCUCUUCUUCCCUCUCUGCCACGACGCCCAGCAGCGCCAGCGAUAGCAGCGCCAGUAGCGACGCAUCAGGCGACUUCGCAGCACAGAGAAGACCUUCGGCGGCAGAGGUGGCAGAAGAGAAGGCAGCCGACGAUGCGGCGAAAGUCAAGGCGACGGAGAGUCAGAAGGUCGCGAUCACCGAGCAGUUGGGCGCAAGGCCGUUGGCGAGAAUGCAGGAGGCACUGGACGAAAAGGCCGCGGCGGAGGGGUCGAGCACGCCGGCGACGACGGAGGGCAAGGAGGAGGGCUCGACUACGCCGCCCCAUGCGCCAGCGGAUGGCUCUGUGGAAGCAGGCUCGAGUGAGGCAGCAGCCAGCGCGGAGGCGAGCACGAGCGCACAGCCAUCCGCUUCGACCGCGUCGGGGGAUCGGAGGGGGGAGUCAGGUGGGCAAGCAGCGGGCGCAGCAGCCACAGCCGAGCCAGCCACAGCGCUUCAAGCGCCAUUGCCAACAUCAGCCGUACCCUCGAGCAUGGGCACAGUGCCUUCGCCGCCGCCGCCGCAGCGGCAGUACGCCGUGCUGCGCGACGACGACCGGGAGCUGGUGCGCGUGCAGCGGAUACUGGACGACAUUCAUCGGCGGUGGUACGAGGACUGGGACAGACGACAGGCAGGCCUGAAUCCGGCCGAGGCGGGCAAGCCCGAUGUCAUCGACAUCAUUGCCGAGCUCAAGUUUGCCGUGCUGCUCGGCUGUCAAGUUGUCUUCUCGAGCGUCGUACCGCUGGGGCAUCCGCCAGAUCUCUCCGACCUGUGGCGUCUGGCCGAGGAGUUUGGCGCCUUCUGCACGUCGGAUCUGGACGCGGGCACGACGCAUCUCGUCACUGCCAAGCCCGGCACGGCAAAGGUUAACGCUGCGGAGCGCAUGAGUGGCGUCGAGAUCGUGUGGCCCAACUGGCUCAACGACAGUGCGGCAAAGUGGGAGCGGCAGCCCGAGGUGCACUACCGCGUGCCCUCGGUGCAAGGCUACGCUGCGCCCUCCGCAGCUGCGGCCAAUGGCGACGCCACGACGGCCGACGGUGGCGCGUCCUUGCGCGACGCGCACGAGCCGGCGACACAGCAGCAGCCCGUGCCGUAUGGCGACGACGGCCUGGUGGAGAUGAACUGGGCAGAGGCGGACGACGAGGUAGACGCGUUUUUGAACGCCUCGGGCUCCGAUGACGACGAGGAGGACGACGAGCAGAGCGAGGGCUAUGCGACCGAAGGCAGCCGGAGAAGCGCCACUGCCAAGCGCGCACGUCAGUCCUCGGGCGCCCUGCGUUCCGCCAACAGUUCUGCCGACGAGGCCGACGGCGGCGGCCACGACGACGGCGCGAGCGUGAGCACGACGAGCAGCACGCGCUCGCCGCUGAGCAAGCGGCGCCGCGUGGCGGCCGAGCGUGCGGGCGCCAGCCGCCUCAAGCAGACGGUCAGCGAGGCGGGCACCGACGACUCGUUCGACGACAGCCUGCUCGACAUUGCCCGCCAGCUCGAGCAGGAGGCGGCCAAUGCUCAGGCGCGCGAGGAUGCCGCCGUCUGAUAGAAGAGCUGCCCGCGCCUCGCCCUUCGCCUCUCGCCAUCUCUCUCUCUCUCUCUCUUCUCCCCUAUCUGCGCAGCCUUCUGCGGCCCAUGCGCCACGGGCACUUACUCUCUCUCUCUCUCUCUCUACAUCGUCUCGUCACUGGUUACCCUAGCACUGCGCCUCCACCCACACACCCACCGCUACUCAUCCGCCCCGCGCACUGUUGCGUCUCCGUGUUGCCACGCUCUCCUCGGUCCUGGGUCACUCUGCGCCCGCCUGCCCUCCUCAUCUGCCGCGUGCGCCGUGUAACAACAAGGUCUCCGUGCCCCCAUCUGCGACUCGGUGAG